GCGGAAAGUGAAGGGGCCACUGAACUCAGUGGGAGAGUUUAAUCCACAACCAAUUCCAGCCUGAGAGACCCAGAGGAGCUCAGAAAGAAUCAGAUGCACAGACAAGGAACUAAAAAAAUCUUCCUGAGAGACUAAACUUGCAUCACACCAGAUGUCUCAAUGUCUCAAGAUAACAGCAAGUGCUGCAGUUACCAGAAACAGGAGUCAUUGCCCACAGCACAAGGGACCCAAUCGUCCCGGGAUAGAGAUGAUGAAAGCGAAUGCUCAGAAGAUCACAUGUUAUCGAGAGAGGACACUGCACCACUCGAGGAGCGGACAGCUCAACAGGAGGCAGAGAACAAAGCUGGGGGUCACAGUUCAGCGGUAGAUGCCAUAAUAUUUCAACCUGAGACCUCCCUUCCAGCAAGAUGCUCGGCACUAGAAGAUGCUGAAGAGAGUCCUGUUUUAUCACAGAACGGCAUCAGACAGACAGCGCACUCAAACAGCACAGAGACUGAAGCUGUAACCACAUCACAAAGCCCAGCCACUCAUGCUCCAGCUGGUCACCGAGUCCGCGGCAGUGUCGUGGAGCACUUGACGCCAUUAACCUCAGAUAACCAGCAUGGUAAGCUGCAUUCCUACCCAUCCAUCAACAGCCAAUACAGCAAGAAGAGUAAAUCCAGCUCCAGGUCAACAGCAUCUCAGAUCCCUUCUGAUGCAGAGGAAGACUGCUGUGUACACUGUAUCCUGGCCUGCCUGUUCUGUCAAUUCCUCACCCUGUGCAAUCUCGUGCUAGACUGUGCAACCUGUGGCACCUGUACCUCCGACAGCUCCUGCUGUUUCUGCUGUGGCUCGGAAGAGUGUGCACCCUGUGAUUUGCCGUGUGACCUGGAUUGUGGGAUUGUAGAUGCGUGCUGUGAAUCAGCAGACUGUCUGGAGAUCUGCAUGGAGUGCUGCGGCCUCUGCUUCUCCUCAUAAUUGUGAAUCCUGGGAAUCCAGACUGACAUUGAUGAGAAUGGAACAGGACUGUUGGUUAUGGUCAGUCUUGCAAGCUCUCCAGUUAUUAGAGGACGAGUGACCUCAAGAUGAUGAACAGUCUACGAGGAUUUCAACUCAAAUGGAUAGUUGUCAAGACUGGAAGACAAAGACAUAUGUUAUAAUGGUGUUAUUGGCAUCCACUUCAGUUUGAUUUAGCAGCGAGUUUUGCUGAACAUUGUUCAGUAGUUAUGUUUAAAACUAUGCUCUUCAGGCACUUCAAACUCCAAAGCUUUUUUGUGGAGCAGUUUAUAUUGUCCCCUUUUGCCUGUUAGAAUGUUCCCCCAAUUGUGUCCAAUGUUGAAUCUCAGUUUCAGUCCUUGGAGACUCGAUCCCAUCCCAUGGCAUCCUUUAGGAAAUGGGGCACACAAAAAGGGUGGGAAGCAGGUCAAGGGAGAGAUGCUGGGUUGCCUGUGAGCAGUGGAGGGUUGCCCCUUCAGUUCCAAGCUUCUGCUGCCUACAGCCCUCAGGCUGCUCGCCUCACUCCUCUCAAUGAUUUUCAGCGAGACAGUGGCAAAGUCUUGAGAGCAAGGCAUUUUCCCAACUACCCUUGACAAUGGUGAUAUAAGAGGUUGAGACAUUCAGCCCAUCUAUCGCACAUGUUCACAGAAUUCCCUCAUGUGUAUUUUUAAUAACUCUGAAUUACAUGUUUUGCAAGAACCUGUCUAGUUCCUUCUUUCAGCCCAUUAAGAUUUCUUGAGGUAGAAACUAGUCCUUGUUGUGCCUAUUUUACAAGCAUAAAGUGGAUGCCAAAGAACCAAUUUCAGGGUCUAACAACCUGUGCCUCAAGGCCACCUGAAAAACAUCAAACCUAAAAUUGUGUCAGGUUUCUUCUCAGGCCUUUGGAGCAGCCACCUAAAACUGGGGUUAGGCACCUUAUUUAUGCUAAUGAGAGGCCUCAGGCCUGUUUUUUCUGUUUUUUGAGAUGUGGAUGUUAUAUCACCAACAUGGAAGUUAGUUUAAAAAAAACUAGGGAGCUGGGAACAGUCAUGAUUGCUCCCCCCAGUCGUCUCCUCCCCCCCAAAGCUUUGGGCAAUAAGGUGACUUAUUCAGUCAGACACUUAUUACUGCAAUCAG